ACAGAGCAAUUGCUUCUUUUUCUUUUAGCAGUUUUUUUUUUCAUUCUUCUUUCGUAUCAUCUUUAGGAAGUUCAUGACCACUUGCAGGUGCUUUCUGCGAUCUUCGUGAUAACGUUUUGAAAUAUCGUUUGCAAAACUUUUUUAUAUUUAUAUAAUUUGCAAACGACAAAGUAUCAAACGAUAAGCAAUUUUUUUUCUUUUUAAUUAUCUAAAUGGUUUAAAAAUUUCGAAAUUUCUAAAUAUUUUUCAUUUAACAAAUGUUUGGCUCGCAAUCAUAUUUCAUGAUCAUUGUUAUUUACAGAAGUUGGAAUGGCGAAAAAGUUUCAAACUCUGCCGGUACUGAAGUCAGUUAGUAAAAUUUCCUUAUUAUACUUUUUCUAGUAGAUAUUUUUUACGUUAAGUUUUAAUUAAGCCUGCAAUUUUUUUCACGUUUAACGAAUAUACUAUAAUGUUUGGAACUUCCAUUGAAUUUAAGGAAUGCAAUAGAUUGGAAUGAACUUUCAAUUACGUUUCACUGAUAAUUAAUUACUAGGUUGGACUGAACAUUCAAUUGCGCUUUACCAAUAAUCUAGAUUGGAUCGAACAUUCAAUUGCGUUUCACUAAUGGACUAGAUUAAACCCAGCUUUCAAUUGCAUUUAACUAAUAAACUGGAUGUUUCACUAAUGCAUUAGAUUAGUCUGAACUUUCAAUUGCGUUUAACGUUAAAAAGUAUUAAAUCAAUCUUUGCAUAUCAAUCAUGCCUUCAUCAAAAAAGGAACCGGAAUUUGAGGAUCUUCUUGAAGAAAUCGGUGACUUCGGUAAAUAUCAGAAACGUUUGUUAAUUGUUUUUCUGAUUCCUUCAGCACUUGUUCUUCCAUGGUUCAGCAUGAAUAUUAUUUUCAUGGUAUUCACGCCAGAACAUUGGUGUUAUGUACCAGAAGUUGUGAACAGCAAUCUUAGUCAUGAGGUACAACGCAGCAUUAUUGUACCUCGAGGAAAUUCUUCUUGUUUCAAGUAUGAUGUGAACUAUACAGAACUAUUCACCUCCGGUUCUCUCCAGAUUAAGAAUGAUACUCCAAUUAUUUCUUGCAGAAGUUGGCAGUACGAUACAACUUACUUUGAAGAAACAGCAGCAAGCAAGUGGAACAUGGUAUGUGAUCACAGUCAUUAUUCCAGUUUGGUGAUGACUUUAACAAAUGUUGGCAGCAUUAUAGGAACUCCUUUUUAUGGAACUCUAUCUGACAAAAUAGGUCGAAAGCCUGUCUUCUUCAUCGUCAUUCUAGUCACGGCCAUCACGGCUAUUUCCUCCGUCCUCAUGACCAACUUUUGGACUUUCCUCAUCCUCAGAACCAUCAAUGGAAGCCUCAUGCCGUCCGUCUUUCAAUUACCCUACAUCAUUUUGCUUGAGAUCGUAGGACUCUCACAACGGACAAAGAUGAAUGGAAUAGCAAAUGCCUCCUGGACUAUUGGUCUUUGUUUUCUGGCACCAAUCGCUUACUUCACCAGACACUGGGUGACAUUUGGACUGGCAACAUCCUCGGUAUCAAUCUUGAUGUUUCUGUACUGGAAAUUUUUACCGGAAUCACCCCGUUGGCUUAUAUCCCAAGAGAGGUACAAAGAAGCAACGAGAGCAAUUAGCAGAAUUGCUGAAACGAAUGGAAAGACUAUUGAACCCGUAGAAUUGAGAAUGAAAAUACAAAAACUUGGUGAAAAAGUUAAGAAGGAGAAGUUGGAGUCUGCAAAUAAUACUUUUUUAGAUCUGUUUCGCUUUCCGAAUUUAAGGAAGAAGUUCUUAAUAAUUUCAUUUUGUUGGGUCGCAGACAUAUUUGCAUACUAUGGUCUCCAAAUAAAUGUAUCAAAUCUUGGAGGUGAUCCAUUUUUCAACUUUUUUUUCUUGGCUCUUGUCGAGAUACCAGGACUUAUUUGCAGCUGGUAUUUUAUGGAAAAAUGGGGAAGAAGGUGGUGCUCAGUGUCGGCUUUAGCUCUCACAGGAAGUGCAUGUCUUUUAGUUGCUUUAGUACCUGGAGCCCCAGUACUUGCCGUGGUCUGUUCUCUAAUAGGUAAAUUCGGAGCUUCCGCGUCAUUCAUGGCUGUUUACCAACAAAGUUCAGAAUUGUAUCCCACAACAAUAAGAGCCAUCGGAAUGGGCAUGAGUGGUACGUUUGCAGCGGUGGCAAAUAUCAUAGUGCCUUACAUAGUCUUCUUAGCGUUUAUAGAAAAGUAUAUACCAUUCCUCAUCAUCGGACUUGUGUGUGUACUUGCUGCUGUUAGUGCAACGUUCCUCCCGGAGACUCUAAACGAAGUUUUACCUCAAACGAUUAACGAUGCUGAAGCUUUUGGUAAAGGACAACAAUUUUUAUCCUGUAGUAGUAAAAGGAGGAGUUCAGUAAUAUCGAAUGAAGAUGAAAAAUCACCACACCUUCUGAAGGAUACAAGUAAUGAUGAAAACUCUUGGAGAAAGAUCUCCCUUUCAUAGCAUUGCUUAGUGGCACAACGAAGGAUUCGGCUACAAUAUUUUUUAAACGAGAAUAAAUGUGAUACAAGAGGAUAAUGACAGAAACGCAACAAAUAAAAACAGGAGUAAAAAGCAUUUAACUCUUAUUUUCUGUUAUCAAAAGCAAUUGAAUCUUCUGAUUUUUGCUGGAAAUUUUCUUUUUAUCUCUAAAUUUACAAAGUAUAUA